GUAAUUUGUGCAGAAGAAUUCGAACUACAAGGCAAACUUAAUCUCACCUCGGCAGGUUUUUUUGUGCAGUGUUUUUGUUUACUGGUCAAAAUGUACUCCUGGGCCAUCAUCUUAACUAURUUCUUAAUGCCGGUGAUUUUCGCCGAUUCGGACGGACUUGACGACUCUACGAAACAACGAGCUAUCUUUGGAGCGAGAUGUGAGGCUCGAUGUUUUGCAAAGACGGAGGCAAGAAGCACAAACAUUUACUGCCAGACACACCGAAAGGCUUGAACAGCACCUUGGUUGCCAGCAAAAAGAAAACUACAAUGACAAGAGUUACUUGGUCUUACAGCAWUCCCCAAAACAGUGUCCUUUUCAUGAUAGAAACACGAUAUUAUACUGAAAAAACAUUUCAUGUCAGCGAAUGGGAAUUUCUCCUAACGACUAAUGCAACCUCUGUACUCAUCAUCCCAAGAACUGCAGGAUGGACAGAAUACAGAGUGAUGUCAAUCAAUGAGUACGGUACAAGUGAUUAUAGUUCUCCAAGCAAACCAGUCUAUGUCAUGCCAACRAGGCCAAGUCCUCCUCAACAUUUCCGAAUUGAAAAAAUGAUGAGAAUAAAAGAUAGARUCUCUGUUUGGUUGGCUUGGAGCAAACCUCUUAUAUCAGAUGUGCCAGUCCAUAGGUAUCGAUUAUAUUGGAGUCGUCAAUUGGACCGGCAUACCAAACAGUUACAUUCCCUUAGAGUCCAUCACCGCAAAAUAAACGGUGACAUCUAUUCCGUUAUAUUAAAUGGACUAGCCACCAACACCACCUUCAAGUUUGAGUUGCAGGCCAUUUGCCAUGUCAAAGGCAAAAGAUUACGGUCCAAGAGAGCUAUUAUCAAGAGCAGGACGUUGGACAAAGCUGUAGAAACUAAAAAGCCUGUCAAGGCGAAGAAAACAAUAAAACCAAAGGUUAUGAAAAAUUCUCAUUUACAAGCACAUGGAAAGAUAACAAGACAGCAGACAGGCUCAAGUAAAAAAGUGAAAUCAAUCACCCAAGUAUUGCCGACAGAAGUGAUUGCAACUGAAGAAUCAACAACUAAUGAAAGCUCAACGACUGAAGAUGAGAAUACUGUACAAUUAGCUCUAGGGGCUCACAACAGCUCUAGUAACACCAGCAUCAGAUCAUGGGUUGGAUUACUUGCCAUUGUAGUAACAUAUUUAUUAUUUUAGAGAUCAAAAGUAAUACUCUCACUGAUGAAAAAAAUAGAGAUUAUUACACGGGGGCACAGAUAUGAUUUUAAUCUUUAUCGGUUAAUUAAGUAAGCACAGCAAACAAGCAAAUAUCUUGAAAUUGAGCAUUCAAAAGCUAAAAUUCAUCACUGGGCAGCCAUGUAAUAUUCUCUUUAUUAUCCAAACUCCAAUGAGAUAUCAAAUAAAAGUUCAGCAUUAUUAUUUUCACAUCCAAAGUUAUCCCUUUUUCACACAGAUCAACUAAGAUAUUUCAUUGAAGUUGAAUAUUAUUAAAACAUUAUUUAACAGAACCCAUAAUAAGGCAUUCAUUUUACGAUGUUAUCCCCACCACCCACCCCCUCUGUAUUGACUUCUCUGCCUGACCCUCCCCACCCACAGAUUUAAAAUGAAUGCUUUAAUGGGAAAUUUUACACAUUCAAAGUUUAGUUACUUAUUCAAAAAUAUGGCAACAAAACUUACAUGUUAUCAUUUUGUAUUUCACAAGAGGAUUCAAGUAUGUGCAUCUCAAAUCAUAUAUCAAUAAUAUUAAAUAUUAUGCCGAUAGCAAAUUUUUUUUUAAUUUUAUUUUUUGCUAAAUUUGGCUUCAAAACUUAAAUUCUGUGGCAUAAAAAUCUCUGUUUCUGCUUUAUGUUUUGCAUAGUUUGAGUCAUAAAACAAGUUUUCCAGAAAUGAUUUGCCAUAUUUUGAAUUGUUAUGUUACUUCAGCAAAARGAAAUAUAUAUUUUUGAAAUGAAAUAUUUUUUCAAGAGAGAACUUUUUAAUUCAUCAAAUUUCAAGUUGCAGUUAAUUAUUAAUAGAUGUUUUAUUGUAGAUAGUCUGCAGAGUUGAUGUUUAUCCAUGAAUGGUGCUUAUUUAUGUGAUAUAGUUUGUAUAAAGCUUGUACGUUUUGCAAAGUACUGCUCAAGUUGUCUUCACACUUAAGUCCUGUGCUAUCUCAAAGUGCAGCAUUUACACUGAACCAUUGCCGGAUUUCAAGCCGAGUGGGGACUGGGCAAAAUCUCCUAAUUGGAUAAUCACGAGAUAAGACUUGCAUAGAAUAAAGCCCUUGUUGAGAAAUGCAAAGUUCCAAAAUUUGAUGUAAAUCAGUUCAAUAGUGAACGAGUUAUAGCCUUUCAAACAUUCUAAAAUUUCCAAAGAAAUGUAUGGGAAGCUGUGAAUGUGUCCGCAUUUUGACCAUUUCCCGGACACAUUCGCACGAUCACAUACAUUUUUUUGGAAAUUUUAGAAUGUUUGAAAUGCUGUAACUCGUUCACUAUUGAACUGAUUUAAAUCAAAUUUUGGAACUUUGCAAGUCUUAUGUCAUGACUAUCCAAUUAGGAGAUUUUGCCCAGUCCCCACUUGGCUUGAAACCCGGCAAUGACAAACAGUCUGUAUGCAGUGAUAGAAACCUAUUUAGACAACAAUGAACUGUGAAGGACCUUGUUACAUGACCUAAAAUUGCAUGUGUAGUGACCCUCUGGAUACUGAGGAGUGUUGACCUGAAGCACAUGCAAACAAAUACACUAUUUAUUUAAGCUAUAUCAAAAAAGGUUGUUGAAUAAAAUGGCAAAUGUCAAUGGUCGAACGGCGAUUGCGCAACCGAAAGUAGCCAUGGGUUUUGCCUGUUGAAAGGCAAUAAAAACUGAUUUAUGCUGUAAGAUGUUCUGUGAGAAAUUUUAAUUGUAACCAUAGCCCUUUCGGUCGUGCAAUCUCCAUUUGACAUUGCCAUUCGCCAUUCUCCCGACAACAUUUUUUGAAAUAGCUAUACUUUACAGUCAAAAGACAUGAAGCUUGGCGGGAACCAUGCACCUCUUGUGUACUGCAGUUUAAUUGCCCUGCUCUAUUGAAGAAGCCUCUUCAGUUACAUGUUGAGUAUCCCCUAAACUUUCAGAACAAUUUAGGGUCAAAAGGGCUGGUCUUUUGAUUGCUCUUCAAGUGAGCUUUUAAGAAUACUGCUUAUUAGUUAUCUAGCUGACAAACCUACUGGAAACUGGUACCAUUAUUUAAUUAAAGUUUAUUAAAAUUAA